CUGCCUCUUCUUGAAAGCGCUAGUUAGGACAUGUCUGUCUUUUGUCUUUUUUUUUUUUCUUUUGCCGUUAGCGCAAUACUACGCUGUGUAAAAAAAGGUUUGACAGUUUAGACAGUUGUUUAGAUUGUAACGCAAAUAAUAUAUCAUCCAAAUAAAUAAACAAACAAACAGGCAAAAACGCGCGGUGCGCAAAGUCCUAGAACUUUUCGGGGUUAAGAGUUAAGAAACUACUUAUUCAUUUAAUCAACUUUGCCACACCUGAAAAAAAUUAUUUAUUUUUUUCUUCGUAGUGCUCACCCCUGUAAUGAGUCUGGUAUGUGUUGGUGUAUAUUCUAAUUAAUGUAAUCACUGUAAAUGGGGGGCGGGGGGACUUAUCUGACUAUAGAUACCCAGUUUUGCCCAAACGGCAUUCGAUUACAAACGGUCUGUAACUUGUAGUGAAAGUCUGAUUGGCUCCCCAGUGACGUAGUCCGGAUUGGUCUCAACUCCGUAGCGCUCUCCCUCGCGUUCACUUCAGUUCAGUGCGGGUUUUGGGAAAGGCAGGAGGCGAGCCGUGUGUGAUGAAAAAUAUCGCCCGUUUUAGGUUAUUUCUAAACUCCGUGUUAGGAUUUUUGGAUCUAACCUAACCGAUUAAUGGAUUGCAGAAUUAACACAAGUCCCAUUUUUAUCGACUUGCAAGCACAGUGUGAUCCGCAGGAGAGUUGGGAAUCCCAGGACACUACCUCUCCACCAAAAGGUGAGCUGUUGUCGAUGAGCUUAAAAUGUUAAUAUGUCGAACAUUAUUCAUUAGCUAAAAAGUGAGUUACCAUAAGAUAUAGUAUUUAUACGCGAGUGGCACAUCACGCUACUUCAAAGCGCCUCGUGAAUGUCAGGAGAGAAGCGUAACCAGUAAAACCAGUUUGGACGAAGAGUUUCGCUGCAGCUCCCUCGACAUUCUGCUGCUAAUAGAGCGAGCCAGCAAUGGCAGGAGGGAGCAAUUCAAAUAUGAAAACUUUAGAGGACUUGACUCUGGACUCUGGCUACGGGGCAGGAGACUCCUGUAAAUCUCUCAGCCUCUCCUCCUCCAAGUCAAACUCGCAGGCGUUCAUGAACACCCCACACCGGGGUAACUGGUGGUACUACUCUGGAUCAAUGAACAGCCGAAACAACAGCUGGGACACUGUUAACACGGUUCUUCCAGAGGACCCCGAGGACAUUUUCUCCAAGUGCCCACGUUUACCUGAGCUGGAGGAGUUCCCGUGGACAGAGGAGGACGUAGGGAAAGUCCUGCGCAAGGUCGCAGGGAAAGGCACCCCGUUCUCCGCGGAGACUUCCCGGAGGCUGUCCACUCUGAUGCGCAGGGCCCUCAUUCGCAUCUCCAGGGAAGCACAGCGGCUGAGUGUCAUGCACUGCCGCUGUACCCGCUUCGAAGUCCAAAGCGCGAUCCGACUGGUGCUCAGCUGGGCGCUCGCGGACCACUGCGUUUUGGCGACUGUGAAGGCCAUCUCAAUGUACAACAUGAGCGCCGGAGAGUUACUGCGUAAGGGCAAGUCAAGCCGGUGUGGACUAAUUUUGUCCGUGGGUCGUUUCUUUCGCUGGAUGGUGGACACCCGCAUCUCGGUGCGCACCCACGAGUACGCGGCCAUCUGCCUGACCGCCUGCAUGGAGGCUCUCAUGGAGGAAGUGGGCAUGCGAGUCCUGCUGGCGGAGCGGCAGCAGGGCGCGGACAGCGGGGCCUGUGGUACCCCGCUAACGGCCGAAACUCUGGAGGGAGUCGUGAACAACGACGCUGAACUCUGGGGAGUCCUGCAACCCUACGAGCAUCUCAUAUGUGGGAAGAACGCCAACGGUGUCCUCUCCCUGCCGGCCUAUUUCAGCCCGUACACGGAAGGCCAGCAGGCCGGGGUUGAGAGCAGAGAGGAUGCAUAUGCCCAGCUGGAGUUGCGCACGCUGGAGCAGUCCCUCCUGGCUACCUGUGUGGGCAGCAUCUCGGAGCUCAGUGACCUGGUGUCGCGUGCCAUGCACCACAUGCAGCGACUUGGCUCGGGCCGGCCCGGCCUCAGCCCGGCACGCCACAGCCGCAAGCAGCACGUCUCUUGGUCGCCGGAUGCCCUGCACACGCUCUACUACUUCCUGCGCUGCCCUCAGAUGGAGUCGAUGGAGAACCCCAACCUGGACCCACCCAGAAUGGCCCUGAGCAAAGAGAGGCCUUUCCUGCUGCUCCCACCCCUCAUGGAGUGGAUGCGCGUGGCCAUCGUGCACGCAGAACACCGACGCAGCCUCCUGGUGGACAGCGACGACGUGCGGCAGACGGCGCGUCUGCUCCUGCCCGGCCUCGACUGUGAGCCCAGACUGCUGAAGCCAGAGUGCUGCUUUAGUUCCUUCAGGAGGUUGGACGCCAAGGCCGCCACCGACAAGUUCCAGCUGGACCUGGGCUUUCGCAUGCUCAACUGUGGCCGCACGGAUCUGAUAAGCCAGGCCAUCGAGCUGCUGGGGCCCGAUGGGGUCAACAGCAUGGAUGACCAGGGCAUGACCCCUCUGAUGUACGCCUGCGCGGCCGGAGAUGAAGCCCUGGUUCAGAUGCUCAUCGACGCUGGAGCCAACCUGGACGUAGUGGUGCCAGCGUGCUCACCGAAACAUCCCUCCGUCCACCCCGACAGUCGCCACUGGGUGGCGCUGACGUUCGCCGUGCUGCACGGACACAUCGCUGUUGCCCAGCUCCUCCUGGACGCAGGGGCGAGCGUAGAGGGAGCAGCAGUGCGUAGUGGGCAGGAAAGCGGCGCCGACACUCCGCUCCAGCUGGCAUCCGCAGCAGGGAACUAUGAGAUGGUGAGUCUGUUGCUGGCACGGGGGGCCGACCCCCUGCUGAAAGCCCAAGAAGGAAACGGUCUUACCACAUCCCUCUAUGAGGACAUGAACUGUUUCAGUCACGCUGCGGCGCAUGGCCAUAGGAACGUGCUGAGGAAGCUCCUCUCUCAGCCACAGCAGGUGAAGGAGGACGUCCUCUCGCUGGAGGAGAUCCUGGCUGAGGGGGUGGAGGGCGAGGUUCCGCACCCCCCGCCCUCACCGAGCCCCAGCCUGGCGUCGGACGGGGGCCAGGCCCGCCUGUGCAAGGCUCGCGCCAAAGCCCUGCAGGAGGCGUCGUUCUACAGCGCGGAGCACGGCUACCUGGACGUCACCGUGGAGCUCCGGUCCCUGGGAGUGCCCUGGAAGAUGCACGUGUGGCUGGAGUCGCUGCGCAGCGCCCAGCUGCAGUCCCGCGCCGGCGUGACGCUCUCGCUGCUGCGGGACUUUGGCUCUGUCCCGGAGGAGGAGUACUGCGAGGAGCUGCUCUCCGUGGGCCUGCGCCUCCUCUUCAGCACCCUGCGCAGCUGCAAGAAUGAAGCCAUCAUCCAGCAGCUGGCCUCUAUCUUUAGUCACUACUAUGGACCUGCUCCUCUUCCUCCCAUUCCAGAGAUGAAGGUCACACUUUCAGCCCAGCUCGACCCUCACUUCCUGAAUAACCAGGAGAUGUCUGACGUGACGUUCCUGGUGGAAGGGAGGCCGUUCUACGGUCACCGGGUUUUGCUGAUCACGGCGUCUGAAAGGUUCAAGUCUCUUCUGGGCUCCAGCAGCGCUGCUGGGUCGCAGCACUGCAAGGACAUUGAAAUCAGUGACGUGAAGUACAACGUUUUCCAGGUGAUGAUGUCAUACCUGUACUGUGGAGGAACAGAACCGCUGAAGCUAGCUGUGCCAGAUCUGCUGGAGCUGCUGUCUGUGGCCAGCCUGUUCCAGCUCGAAGGCCUGCGGCGACACUGUGAGGUGCUCUGCGCUCAGAACAUUAGCCCAGACAACGCCACGAGCAUCUAUAAUGCAGCCAAGGCCCUGGCGUCAACAGAGCUCGCCGCCUACUGUGAGGGUUACUUCCUCCAGAACAUGGGCGUCCUGCUGGAGAGGGAGGCCUUCCGUAGUCUCCUCUGCUGUUCCGGGGCGCGUGUCCCAACUGCCAGGGACCCGCUUCUGGAGGAGCUGGAGGCCACGCUGGCCCGGAGGCUCCGCUCCUUCCAUGUCACCUCCUGCGUGUGAGGAGGAGGAGGAGGAGGAGGAGGCCAGAGAGGAGCGAGAUGCGGGAGGACGAGGGCGGAGCUGAAAAGUCGAUGGGAAUGUGGAAAAACGGACCGAGGAGAGAUACUUCCCGGAAGUGGAAUCGCUGGACGAAGGGAGUCAGACAGGAAGAAACGGAGCAGGGCGGCAACGUAACCGAGCUCAGCAAUGGGAGCUGUAAAUGACAGACCAUAUGAGACUGUACGUGUGUGUAAAAUAUAUCUAAAUGCAUUGCCAUUCUUGUAGCUAAAGCUGUCAAAAGUUAGGAACCCUGACAACUGUCAAAACAUGGAAGAACAGCUUUAAUGCCACACUCCUUUGACAAGCAUCCAUGUUGUAAAACGUCCAAUGAUCGGCGUCAGAAAGGGGAAAUGGAGGUUUUGUAAGCUAAAUUACAUCAGAUUUAACUUGUACUGGAGAAGUUAUGGACAUUUUCUAUUUAAAAAAAUGUGAUAUUAUUUAAGUUCCCUUUUUAUUGUCCUUAAAUGCCAUACAAAUAAAAUAAUAUAAACUCAAAUGUUUUUAAAUUGUGAAAACAAACGUACUCGUCAUGUGAAUGUUCAUAUAAAAUGCCCAUAAUAAAGAGAUUUCUAGUUAUUUUUUGAA